GGGUCGCUUAUCGAUCAGACUGCUUUUGGCCUAUAAAAGGGUGAUGUUUGAGACCCCCAGAGACAACAGCUUGACUUUUCUGCCAGCAUGAUGCAAGCUCUGCACAAGCUUCUGCUCUGUCAUCUUCUGGCAUGUCUGGGACCUAACGCACUUGGGGAUGAAAUCAUAAAUGGUAAAAAGGUCCCGGAGAAGAUGAUGCUGUAUAUGGCCUCGCUGCAGGACAAACAGCAUCAACAUCUAUGUGGAGGGUUCCUCAUCAGUGAGGACUUUGUGGUCAGCGCUGCGCACUGUAACCGCUCGAUUCCUACAAGUGUUGUUCUUGGCACCCACAAUCUCAAGAAGGUUGGUGGAACAAUGAGAUAUGCUGUGGAAAAGACAUGCAUCCAUCCAGAUUAUACAGAUGUACAACGUGGCAAUGACAUCAUGCUCCUCAAACUGUCUAAGAAAGCCCCACGGAACAACAGAGUACGACCGAUUCAACUUCCAAAGACUGUGAAUAAAACAAAAGAUAACGCUAAGUGUCGCGUGGCUGGAUGGGGCUACACAAAAACCGGUGGCAAAGUUGUUGAUGAGCUGCAAGUAGUGGAUGUGUCUUUUGUUAACAAGGAGGCCUGUCAGAGAAAAUGGCAGAACAAACUUCCUCUCACUGUUAUCUGUGCAGACGGAUCUGGCCAAAAUAAAGGAUUCUGUCAGGGUGAUUCUGGGGGUCCUCUGGUGUGCAGCGGGAUAGCUGUAGGUGUUGUGUCUUUCAACUGGGAAAAAAACUGCGACUAUCCAAACAAACCCAACGUCUACACGGAUGUAUCAAAGUACCUUCCCUGGAUCAAGAGGAUUCUCAAGCAAAAGAAUUGUAAAAUGUGAGAAUUCAGCAUACUGUAGUGUCUCGCGCUGGUGCCUCGGCUCUGGGACAGCAUUCCACUUAGCAGCAGUUCGGCUGGCACUGUCGCUGCCUCCAGCUUCUGUAAAAAUGUGUUUUCCUCUUACAGAAUGGCCUGUCUUAACAUCUGACAUACUUCCUAAUUUCUUUGAAAAUCUCAAUGUGAAUUUGUUUAAACCUGUUCUAUGAAUGCAACUUUUAUAUCAUAUAACAAUUACUAUUGUGGAGGUUCUGCUGAGCUUUAGACAGUCUAUAACUGUUUAGUCUUUAUGUGAAAUGCAAAAUAAAGAACCACUGAUUCAUUUAAA